AUGGCCGCUAUGAGCGAGAAGGAAGCUAUGGUGGAUCCUUUUUUGGUCGAGGCUCUUCAGAACCCUCGUCAUCGUCUCACCAUUUUGCGUAUGGAGCUGGACAUACAGAAGUUCUUUCAAAGUCCAGAGCAGCAACAGUUUGAGUUUCGUCCUUUACCAACAUCUUAUCUUCGUCUUGCUGCACACCGUGUUGCUCACCAUUACGGCCUGUUUACCACGGCGUUAGACAGCGGUGCUGUAGAUGGCUCAGGGAACAGAAUCAUAGUGACAAAGACGGCCGAGAGUAGAUUCCCUCUUGUCUGUUUGUCUGAGAUUCCUGUAAAGCAGCCUGAGGUUAACGGUAGGCCUGCGGGUUUCAAAAUCGCGAUCAAGCCUAGACCAAACAGAGGAUCUGGUGGCUCAGGUAGUGGUUCAGGAGUGGAGAAGAAUCUCUUGAGAAGCGUUGAGGAGAGGAAAGAAGAGUAUGAGAAAGCCCGGGCUCGUAUCUUCAACAGCCCUAACAGUUCAGACUCUGAAGACUCUUCAACACGAGCUCCUCCUCCUCCUCCUCACCUUGACACGAAACACGAUAAUACACGUAGAAACGAGACCGAAGUGGUGAUCAACAAUAACAAUAGUAACUCUGGUGAUGUGGAGAGGAACGGUGUUGUCAGAGAGUCAGGACGGACUUCACGGGUUGCUAUUAUUAGAGACAGAGAGAAGGAUCGUUAUGAUCCUGAUUAUGACCGCAACAGGUACGUGAGGGUUACGCCACCGGGACAAAACUACAUUCCGAUGCCAAUUCAGCUGCCGUUUCAGGACUCGGUUUUCCCACAGAUGCCAAGAAGUCAAGCCAGCCUAAACUAUGGACAUCCCUUAAACCCGGCCAUGAACGCGUUCUGCACCCAAUCGCUAAACCAGGGUUCUAGUAACGCACCUGCUUAUACAGAGUGGCCUAGUGCCACUAUGACUUAUGCACAGACAUUGAAUGCUUCUGACGCACAUCUUUUCAGGCACCACAAUCCCUGA